CUUCCCAUUGCUGCAGGCAUCCCCAAACUUCAGCCCUCCAGAUGUUUUGGACUACAAUUCCCAUCAUCCCUGACCACUGGUCCUGUUAGCUAGGGAUCAUGGGAGUUGUAGGCCAAAACAUCUGGAGGGCCGCAGUUUGGGGAUGCCUGCGUUGCUGUAUCUUACUGGGAGGUGGAGGAGAGAGGUGGCAGCAGGGUCCGUGUUGUGCAAUCUCACCAUCUGGAGCAUGGGUGUGUUUACACCAUGCUAACCUUCCCUGUCUCUUGGGUAAGGCACAGCAACUCCCAUGAUGAAAGGUCAGGUAAGGGGGAAGAGUGUUGUGCAAAAAUAGAGCAGUUAUAAGUUGUAUGUAAAUAAUAUACCGGGAUGCGGGUGGCGCUGUGGGUUAAACCACAGAGCCUAGGGCUUGCCAAUCAGAAGGUUGGCGGUUCAAAUCCCUGUGACGGGGUGAGCUCCCGUUGUUCGGUCCCAGCUCCUGCCAACCUAGCCGUUCAAAAGCAUGUCAACGUAGAUAAAUAGAUACUGCUCCAGCGGGAAGGUAAACGGCAUUUCUGUGUGCUGCUCUGGUUCGCCAGAAGCGCCUUAGUCAUGCUGGCCACAUUCCCGGAAGCUGUACGCCGGCUCCCUCGUCCAGUAAAGCGAGAUAAGCGUCGCAACCCCAGAGUCAUCCGCAACUGGACCUAAUGGUCAGGGGCCCCUUUACCUUUAAUAUACCAAAACAUUGCCCAUUAUAGUGGAACUUUGGUUUUCAAGCAUCUUGGAAGCCGAACAAUUCGGAACCCGAGUGCCGAAAACCCAGAAGCAAUCGCUUCCAUUCUCGAACGCACCUCAGAAGUCUAACGGCUUCUGCCGUGUUUUUCCAUUUUUUUCAAUGGAUUUUGCCAACUGCCCAUUGAUCCUCAGUUUUUGCUUUAGGCUAACAUUCAAAUUGCUUUUUUGAUUUAAAAAGCCAAGUUCUUUCUUUCUUUCUUUCUUUCCUUCGUUGUGCUGGGGAAAGGGCAUAGAAGCCUUUGACAGUCAUGUCAAAUGGUUUGCCAUGUAAAUAAAAGUUGAAUUUUUCCUUUUGCUUCACCUGGACUUUCCUUUUAGAUAACAUGAAGCCAGAUUAUGUAAAUAAAAUGGUUGGGCCUGCCAUGAUUAACUGAAAGUCUGUGGCCUCCAGGCAAAGAUUUCUUUGAUCUCCUGCCCCCUCACCCCCACACAUCCCAAUUAUCUUUUGUUUUCUUCAACAAAGCAAUUUGUGGGUGAGCAAAUAUAUCCACAAGUUGGUAUCGGUAGCUCGAAGCUCAAAGAACAGACUUAGCCCUGAUAUGAGAAUUUGGACAAUGUUUUCCUGCGCUGAAAGGAAUCUGUUUUCCACCGGGUUUUUCUCAAACUGUGGCAUGGAAAGGUGUGUGGGGAUGGAAACCCAGAGGGGAAUGGUAGCAUCUAGAACAGGCAUAGGCAAACUUGGCCCUCCAGAUGUUUUGGGACUACAACUCCCAUCAUCCCUAGCUAACAGGACCAGUGGUCAGGGAUGAUGAGAAUUGUAGUCUCAAAACAUCUGGAGGGCCGAGUUUGCCUAUGCCUGAUCUAGAAGCAGAUGGUGCCUUACCCCUCCAAGACCUCCGUAAAUUUAAACUGAAUUUAUAUUGCCCUUUCCUGGGGAGCUGCUUCUGUGUCAGCCUCUUACUUGCUCACAGGAGUUGAAAUGGCUUUUCACCAAAGAUAGACUAAAUUCUGUACAGUUGAUGGCGUUUAACAAAUGUUAUGGGGUUCAGUAUGGGGCGGCUCAGCAUUGCCAUUCUGGAUCCCCAAAUGUAGAGGAUCUGGUACGCUUUUUAUUGGAGUGUCCUUUCUAUCGAGAUCUGAGGAUCCGCUACCUUGAGCCCCUUAGUGUUGGAAUUACUGAUAACAGCUCUCCUUUCAGCAUUCAUCCUGUAUUUUUAUCUUGUGAACUGCUUUGAGAUCUUCGGAUGACGGGUGGUCUAUAAAUCAUCAUCAUCAUCAAUAUGUAUUGGCCGGAGAAGAUUAUUAUGCGACGUUUAGGACUGUGGAAUUUGUUCCCUUGGCUGUAGGGAGGCGGAAGACACUUGCUGUUUGAGAUGAUAAUGAAUGUUAAAACAUGUUGAUCAGCAGUAAUGGAAUAAUUUUGAUGAUAUUUCAGCAUGGUUCAAAGUAUUUUGCAUGCACCUGCUUUGUUGUUGCUGUUUUAAUGGUAUGUGUGAAUGGCCUGAUUGACUUAACGAGCAAUAAGCUUUGUGAAUACAGCACGGGUGGCGCUGUGGCUUAAACCACUGAGCCUCUUGGGCUUGCCGAUCAGAAGGUCGACGGUUCAAAUCCCUGCGACGGGGUGAGCUCCCAUUGCUCUGUCCCAGCUCCUGCCAACCUAGCAGUUUGAAAGCACGCCAGUGCAAGUAGAUAAAUAGGUACUGCUGUAGUGGGAAGGUAAACUGCGUUUCCGUGCGCUCUGGUUUCCGUCACGGUGUCCCGUUGCGCCAGAAGCUGUUUAGUCAUGCUGGCCACAUGAGCCGGAAAGCUGUCUGUGGACAAAUGCCAGCUCCCUCAGCCUGAAAGCGAGAUGAGCACCACACCCCAUAGUCGCCUUUGACUGGACUUAACAAUCCAGGGGUCCUUUACCUUUGACCACAUGUGUCAGUGCCUAUGAAAGAAGGCUCCACUUAACUAGAUCUGUUCAUUGUCAUGUGGGCACUGGUCCUAUGCACAGGAUGGGAACAACUCAGACUUGCAACCCGGCAUAUAUAUUUCGCACCUGGGGCAUAGGAAGACUCAUUGGACGCUGCCUUCUAUGGAGUCAGAGGACUGAUUGAACUAGCUCAGUGUUGCCUACACAGUCAGCCGCUCUACGGAGUUUCAGACAGGGAUAUUUCCCAGCCCUCCCUGGCGAUGGCAGGGAGUGAAACUGGGACCUUCUGUGUUUGCUCUAUCACUGAGCUGCAGCCUUUCCCCACAAACCACUGAGCUAUGGCCAUGGGCGAGCUAAUCCUCAGAUUAGAAGAAUUUGGGUCUUGUUCCUUUGAACAAAUGCUUUUAAGCCACUGCUUUGCAGUGCCAACCGAGGGCACUCUCUGCUCCUUUGAGUUUCAUUCUUCUUAAAUUAUUUGCUCAGCAAUAGUGACACAGGUGGGAUUUUCUAAGGAGGCUCCCCACCUGUUUGGCAGCAGCUGUUGCCUACAUAAACCGGACAGAAAAUCCCUGAAACUGUAGCUUAUAAUCACACAUUGGAAAUACACGGCAUUAUUCAAUUUAGAAAUUCCCCACUGGCGAGCUGACAAGUAUUUUUCCCGGACAUGUGCCACAGGCAGGGUGAGUCAUGGCUUUUCAUUUUGCUUCCUUAUUCUCCACCCCCCUCUGGAGCCCUUAUUUAAAGUCUGUGACAUCGGCUAACAAUAACAGAAGUGGCUUGGGAACGGCCUUGUUCAAAACUCUCUUAGAAGAAGGAUUCUUAGCUUGCAUAUUCACUGCUUUUUCAUUAUUAUUAUUAUUAUUAUUAUUAUUAUUAUUAUUAUUAUUAUGCGCUUGCAGGAAUUUGUCACAGUCUUGGUGCGAGACCCUCGGAUAAAAAAGGAAGACUCUUGGCAUUCACAUAUAGACUAUGAGAUCUUCAUUCAUACAAACAGCAUGUGCUUUACGAGGAAAACGUCUUGCGUCCGGCGGCGCUUUAGAGAAUUCGUGUGGCUUCGCCAGAGACUUCAGAGUAACGCAGCGCUAAUACAACUGCCAGAACUUCCAGCCCGAACGCCCUUUUUCAACACCAAUAACCCCCAACAUGUGGACCAGCGCCGACAAGGCUUGCAGCAGUUCCUCCAAAAGAUUCUGCAGAAUCCUCUACUGCUUUCAGACAGUAGACUUCACCUCUUUGUACAAACCCAGCUGAACCCAGAAGACAUUGAGGCAUGUGUAUCUGGACACACGAAAUAUUCCGUUGCAGACGCAAUCCACGAGUUUGCCUGUUUGAAACGACGGUUUCCUGUAGAAGACGAAGAGAGGAAAAAGGAGAAUUAUGCAGAUUCCGAUUCCGAAAGUUCAUCCUCAGGGCUUGGACACAGCAGUGAUGAUAACAUUUCCCAUGGAUGUAAAGGAAGCACAGACAGAGUUCCUGAAGAACCCUGAAAUAUCAUUUAUGUGUUGCCAUCACUCAAAUGACAGAUACACUUCUUCUAUCUUGGUUGAGAGUUACACAUGACAUAGACAGACCAUGCACCCAACUUUGAAGGGAUGUCUUUUCUCAGUUUUCAAAACAGCCUGUUCAUUUGCUAGGUAUGCAUUUUGUAGCCUUUGUUAUAUUGAACGAUACACAUUCUGUCUGCACCACAACACCUAAAUCAAUGAGAUUUCUUAAUGUGAUAACUGUGGGGUUCACUGUAAAGGAAAGGAAAGGGGUGGGGGUGGGGAGGCCCUGGAAUAUCAACAUUCUGGGAAUCCACAAAAGAUAUUUCCAUUUGGCAUUUUAAAUGGUGAUACUGUGGUGGUCUUUCUACGGUGGUGUUGACGACAUAACUCUCUUGCAACGCAGAAAAUCAAAACGCCAUUCAGUCAUAAGGUAGCGGAGGAGUAAGUGACCAAAUGGGUUUUCUGAAAAGUAUGUUUCGUUAUUAAGCGUUCACCUUGAAAGGGAACGCUUGGGUACAAUGCUAUAUGGCCAGUUACAGGCCAUGAAUUAAAUAGGCUUAACAGUGCAGUUCUGUAUAUGUCUACUCAAAAGUAAGCCACUUUGAGUUGAGUUAGGCUUACUGCCAGGCUGCAAUCUACUUGGCAGUAAACCCCAGUUGAGACAUAUAUAGUAUUGUGCUGUAAUCCUGCCUAACUGUAGCAACAGGUCUUACUUUUUGUGUGUGUGGCUAAGAAACACAUGUCUUGUGAAGAGGCCUAUCAUUAAAAAACCCUGUGCUGUUACAUGGAGAUAUAUAUAUAUAUAUAUACACACACACACACACACACACACACACACACACACACACACACACCAUUUUAAAGUGAAUGUUCUUGCAGGAGGUUGAAGGAAGGGAACACAUUAACCGGCGAGUAACAGAAAUAAACUUCUGGAUGAAAGCUUACUGUAUCACUGCAGAUGUUUAAAGUAUCUAGCUUGGCAGUGCCAUGAAUUAAUUUGUGUAUGUUUUGACAGCCCCACUAUAACCACUGGCACUUCAUCCAAAAUUACAUUUAUUAGGAAAUAAGUUGCGUUCAAAUCUAGUAAGGCUGAAAUCCUGUUCCUAGGUACCUGGGAGGAAACCUCCCUGAACUCAGUGACCCUUACUUCCGAGUAGUCAGGAAUAGGAUUGCAUUGCAGUUGUGUUUUAAGGGUCAGGGUGAGUUUGGGGGAUAGGAAUGGGGAGGACAGAUAACUGCCACGAGCCAAUGAUUUUUGUGUGCAUGUGAUGUCAGCAUUUGCACUUCAUUAAGUGUCUUGCAGAUAAUAUUUUUGUUGAACUGUACAAAAAUAUCCAGGGGCUCAAAUCACUGAAAGGGAGCUAGCAGCAAGAUACAUAUUUCGGCUACUGUUGGAAAAUAAUAAUAAUAAUUUGCGCCAUUAAAUAUGCAGUGAUUGGAAUUGUUGCUGGGAAAAAAGCAACAGACAUCAAAUAGGAAAACUGCAGCAGUGACUAAAAUGAACUGGAAAAAAGGACAUUGUUUACUUUUUAAAAUGACAUCGCUGUGCUCAUUACUGUUAAUUUGAAGCAAUUUGUGCACUUUAGAUUUAGUAGUCUGCAAAGAUACCAAGCCUAAAAACCUCUCAACAUUGAUGUGAUUGUACUUACUUGAUAUUUUGUCAAUCGAUAGUUGAUAUUUAGUUAUUUCAGCCUGAGCAUCAUUUCAGAAUUUAUUCAGUCUCGAGUUUGGGAUUUGUUAUGGUCAGAGUGUUGUUUGCUUUAUCACACAUUGCACAAAUUUACAUUUUGUAUUGUUACUGUGUAUUAUUUGCUUCCUAUACCUUGGACAGCUGCCUUUCACACUGUAACUGUGAUUUUCUUUUCUUUUUUGUACACCAAAUAUUAGUGUAAUAUUUAAAUGCUGACUCUUCUGUCUUCUACCUUUUUAAUAUGUGUAGAAAAUGUUUGUAUUUUGUCACAUUUCAAAAUAAAACAUCCUGUAAGUAUUUUAUUAUUUUAUUCUUUAUUUAAAUGCAGGGUGCUGACUUGCUUCAGGCUAACAUUUGUGGUGUGUUAAUGAUGAGAUUUACUAUAAUAUUUUGUUUUCUAAACAUAUAUCAUUAACAUUCCCCUCUUUUAAUGUCAAUUAAUUCCCAGCUUUUAAUUUUUUUAAUGCUUUCCCUUUUUGUGUACAUUCAAAAAAUAAAGGAGAAAGAAAUGUUAUAUUUCCAAA